AUGACACUCAACUGCCCUAACUGUUUGAAAGACUUCAAGAGCGCUUGGGCUGUUUCACAACACCUGAGCCAGCCUCUCACAUCCUGUCUACGAUGGGUCGAUCAGCUUGAGACUGCCAUGCAAAUUUUGCAAGACUCACAGUUGGCAGACCAGCAUGCAACUCCCGGCCCAUCUCCUCAUUACAGAACAUCAAGCCCUGUUCAAAAUUUCCAAAUGGACUUUGAAUUGCAAACUGAUAGUGAGGAAACAGCGUAUGUUCAGGACAUGAAUGACUCGGCAGGCUAUUUCUAUGGUGACGAGGGAGGGUCGGUUGAAGAGCCUUUGGGCAGCCAAGCUUCGGAGAAGCCUUACGUCGAGCGCUUCAGGAACGCUGCGAAAGUGUAUCGGUGCGGCCAGACCUUUCAGGAUAGGUUUAACAUGGAUCCCUAUACAGCAUAUCGCAAAGACAAUCUUUACUAUCCAUUUGCGUCCCGUCAGGACUGGGAACUCGGCAGCUUUCUCCUGUGCUCACCAUUAAGUAUGGCCGCCAUAGAUGAGUUCCUGGGGCUUGAAAUAGUUAAAGCAAUUUCUCUCUCCUUUUAUACAGCCAAGGAGUUGCAUGGUCGUGCUGAGCUGCUACCUCCUGUUCCAAAAUGGCAGUACCGCAUAGUCUCAACCACUCACCCAACAAAACAGCCUCUCCAUCUUUACUGGCGCAAUCCAUUGGAUUGCAUCGAAUCACUUUUUAGCCACCCAUUCUUUGCUAAUGAAAUGGACGUCACACCGCAAUGUGUAUAUGACACAUCACAACUUCCGGAUGGUGCAACAUUGUUAGGUGUUAUAUUGUCCUCUGAUAAGACCAACAUUACCAACAUGACUGGUGGACGUGUCACUUACCCACUCCUGAUCAGCCUUGCCAAUAUCAAGAUGGCAACUCGAAACAAGGUGUCCUCACAUGCUUUCCUCCUAACAGCGCUGCUUCCAAUUGCUGAAUUUCUGCAUCUGGUAAAACAGAUGCAGAGUGUUCUUGAAGCCCGCUUGGUCCACCAGUGUCUGGAUAUUGUGCUAGAACCGCUCAAGCAAGCUGCACGCAUUGGCCGGAUGAUGUCGGACCCACUUGGGAACCUCAGAUACUCUAAAACAACUCUCGAGCAGCUUUUGAGCAUUGCUUGUGACUCCCUCAACAUCGAAGGUUACUUUGAUGCAUGCGCUCCAUUCCGCCUGAGUGGCAUAGCCCAGCCAUUCUGGCGUGAUUGGUCACUUGCGGAUCCGCAUGUGUUUUUCACUCCUGAAGCCCUGCAUCACUGGCACCAUGAAUUCUAUGAUCAAGAUGUUAAGUGGUGUCUUGCAGCUGUUGGCAAGCAGGAACUAGACUUUCAUUUCUCCGUUUUGCAGCCACUCACGACGUUCCGACACUUCAAGGAUGGCAUUUCCAAGCUUAAACAAGUAACUGGAAGAGCCCAACGUGAUAUGCAACACUACAUUGUUCCUCUCAUUGCCGACGCAGCCCCCCAUAGUGUUGUCAUAGCUGUUCGCGCACUUAUGGACUUCUGCUACAUAUCACAAGCGACAACAAUUGACGAAGCGCAUUGUCAAAAGAUCCUCGAUGCCCUCAAGGAAUUUCAUGAACACAAGCAAGGUAUCAUUGCUUGCGGCGCACACCAAGGUGCCAAGAGCGGACAGGUCCUCAACAACUGGCAUAUACCCAAACUGGAGUUGAUGCAGAGUGUUGAGCCCAACACCACAGAGCACGCUCACAUCACCCUUAUCAAGGAUCCUGCAGAUUCCUCCAUCAACUAUGAUGCUCAAAUAUGCCAGUUUCUUGAUCACCGAGAGAAGUGUCAAAACUUCCAUAUUGCCACAUCAAUAAUUACUUGUUCACAAUCACAGUCACAAGCUUCUACUCCCCAAACAACAGACACCGGUUCAGAACAUCAUGAUGAGUCGGACGAUGAAGAUCCACACGCCGAUGAAUCACCCUUGCAAACAGUUUUGGAUGAUCUCCAGGGGCCAAAGCGUGUAGUGACCGAUUUCUUCAAGAAGGCCAAGCAAGUCUCCUCAUAUAUGCAAGUAGCCAGACCUCUCCGCACAUUCGUAGUCGGUGCAACAGCAAUCCACCUGAAUUUCAAUCCUUCAAUACAACGCAUACCAGUUGAUGUCGGUAUGGCUCAGAGCUUCCACUCCCUGAGGGGACAACACAGAGCAUUGCCUGAUGCACCUCUUCCAUUUAAUGACCUUAUGGUCUGGUUUAAAGUACGCAUGCAGCAGGCAUCGUACCACAGCCCAUCGAUCAUUCCUCCUGCUCUCACAGUCAACGCAUCUCCUCUGAGCACAACUUGGAAGUAUGGGCACUAUGACACCACUAUUUUCACUGUUGAUGACACCGGAUGUGAACAAUGGCCUACUAGUGGGCUUAAAUGCCAUGAUGUUGUUGAGUUUCUUACUUAUGUUCAGCACCUCGAUGUUAUGCCUCAGCGUCAUGGAAGCUUGCUGGAAUGCACGACACAGAUGCAUAUUUUAAAAUGUGCAAUGCGAUCAGCAGGGACUCCCUUCGGUGAUAUCCUCCCACUAGAUCAACUUCGUUCUUUUGCUCACAUCAUCCCCUGCUUUGGUUGUGCUGCUGAUUCUCGUUUAACUGCACAAAAUAGUACUCACUUUGCUCAAACAUUCUUUUUAAAUAAAUACAUCGACAAAGACUUCUACUAUGCUAUCUCGAAAGUAGUUUUUUGCGUCACUAUGAUUCAAUUGCAUUGCAAAUACUAG